AUGAGCGCUUCCGUCGAGUCGCUGUUCGAGAAUGGUGGUCACAUAACAAUGAGGGAUAACGAGUCGGAGGAUUGGGGCGGCCGCAACAGCGCUUGCUGGGCGCGGAGUGUUGAGAUACCCAACUAUGUGGUUGUCAACGGCAGCGCGACAAAUAUUGGCGCCUUUGUGGUUUUCAAUAUCAGAGUGGAAACCCAGAAUGGGAGCCACAUGAAUAUCCGCAAGCGGUAUUCUGAAUUCGACGAUUUACGGCGAAAAUUGAUCCAGACAUUCCCCGGCUUUGACGCGGCAGUUCCACCCCUGCCGCCGAAGAGCGUUAUUUCAAAGUUUCGGAGGCCGUUCCUCGAGAAAAGGAGGUCAGCCCUUCAAUAUUUCCUCAAUUGCAUAUUGUUGAACCCAGAGUUCUCUGCGUCGCCAGUCCUCAAGGAGUUUCUAUUUGCAUAG